AUACUCGGCCUAACUCUCCCCCCACCUUUCAAGCCAUUGAAGCGGAUUCUCCCCGGGUCGGAGCCAAAACAACGCGAAGACGCGGUUGCCGAUUGCCCGACGCCGUCCGCGAAGACGCCGCGCGAGCCCGAGCUCACCUGAGCGUUGCUUGACUUCUUUAUAUUCACUACUCGUUCUGUCUUCACUCUUCACCACCAUCUUCUCUCUCUCUUCUCACGCCAUGGCCCCCUCCACCGCUCCUCCCGCCCAUGGCUCCUCUACCAUCGACUCCGACCCCGUCUCCACCGUCCACACCGACUUCCUCGUCGUCGGCGCUGGACCCGCCGGCGCCGCCCUCGCCUGCUUCCUGGGCUCCUACGGCAUCACCGGCCUCAUGAUCUCCGCCGCCCCCGGCACCGCAAACACCCCCCGCGCCCACAUCACAAACAUGGCCGCCCUCGACUGCCUCCGCGACAUCGGCCUCGACUCCGAGUUCGAGGCCCUCUCCUGCAAAGGCGAGCAGUUCAUGAUCCACACCCGCUGGUGCAACUCCAUGGCCGGCGAGGAGUACGCCCGCAUCUACUCCUGGGGCAACGACCCCGCCCGCAAGGGCGAGUACAUCACCGCAUCCCCUUGCAACCCCGUCGACCUCCCCCAGACCCUGCUCGAGCCCGUCCUCGUCAAGCACGCCACCCAGCACGGCUUCUCCACCCGCUUCAACACCUCCCUCCUCUCCUUCGUCGAAGACGACGUCUCCGGUCUCAUCACCGCAACCGUCCGCGACGACGUCUCCCAGGUCGUCUACCAGAUCUCCACAAAGUACCUCUUCGGCGCCGACGGCGCCCGCUCCCGCAUCGUCAAGCAGCUCGACUUCCCCCUCGACGCAAAGCCCCAGCAAGGCCUCGCCAUCAACGUCCUCGUCAAGGCUGACCUCUCCCACCUCGUCGAGUACCGCACCGGCAACCUGCACUGGGUCAUGCAGCCCGAAAAAGAGCACCCCUACUUUGGCUGGCAGGGCAUCGUCCGCAUGAUCAAGCCCUGGUCCGAGUGGAUGUUCAUCCUCUUCCCCGACCGCGCCAUCGACCCCCACAAAGUCAGCCCGUCCAGGGAAGAGUACCUCGCCCGCGUCAAGGACUUUAUCGGCGACGACACCCCUGCGGAAAUCAUCGACGUCUCAAAGUGGUACAUCAACGAGAUCGUCGCCACCCAGUACUCCCACGGCCAGACCAUCUUCUGCCUCGGCGACGCCGUCCACCGCCACCCGCCCAUGAACGGCCUCGGCUCAAACACCUGCAUCCAGGACGCGUUCAACCUCGCGUGGAAGCUCGCGUACGUCCGCGCCGGCUACGCGGACCCGUCCAUCCUCGAGACCUACUCGACCGAGCGCCAGCCCGUCGGCCGCACAAUCAUCACCCGCGCAAACAACGGCUUCCGCGACCACUUCAAGAUCUGGGAGGCCCUCGGCACCUCGCUAGACUCUGUCGAGGAUCGCCGACGCGUUUUGCAAGAGCUGCAGUCGGCUACUCCGGAGGGCAAGAAGCGUCGUGAGGCCCUGCGCAAGGCCAUCCAGGAGUCGUCGCACGAGUUCCACGGUCUCGGGGUCGAGAUGAACCAGCACUACUCCUCCUCCUGCGUGUACGACGCAGACGAGCCAGAGCCGUUCAAGUACACGGGAAAAGCAGCUGAAGACGACGUGCUCUACUACGAGCCCACGACCUACCCGGGCUCGCGUCUGCCGCACGUCUGGCUCAACAAGUCGAUCCCUUGCAAGCCGGUCUCCACCAUCGACCUCGCGGGCCACGGCCAGUUCACGCUCUUCACCGGCAUCGGCGGCGACGCAUGGAAGGAGGCAGUCAGCAAGAUAGCCUCUGUGCCAAUCAAGGCCUACAGCAUCGGCUUCCGCCAGGACUGGGAAGACCCGUACUUUGAGUGGGACCGGCUGCGCGGCGUGGACGAGACGGGCUGCGUGCUGGCGCGACCAGAUCGGUUCAUUGCCUGGCGCGCGCCGUCUGUGCUGGGAAGUGCGGAGGAGUGCGAGGCGAAGCUGAAGAGCGUGCUGAACCACGUCCUGGGCUUUUCGUCGUGAAGCGUGGAUGCAUCUCAAAGCUGUUGUCGUUCUUUAGUUGAUUGUAAUUUUUGUUUGAAUAGCAUAAUA